AUGAAGGAUCUAGGUGGACUCAAGUAUUUCUUGGGAAUUGAGGUGGCUCGAUCACAGCAAGACACUCCUAUUGUUCAGAAUCAUCAUCUUGGAGAAUAUCCGGAUCAAGUUCCAACUAAUAAAGAAAGAUACCAAUGGUUAGUGGGAAGAUUGAUCCAUUUGUCACAUACUCAACCAUACAUUGCUUAUGCGGUGAGCGUUGUCAGUCAAUUUAUGCACUCUCCAAGUAAAGACCACAUGAAUGCAGUUCUUCGGAUACUUAGAUAUUUGAAGUCUGCACUUGGAAAAGGACUUAUGUUCUCAAAACAUGGUCAUCUAAAUAUUGAUGGUUAUUCAGAUGCAGAUUGGACAGGUAAUGUAACAGAUAGAAAAUCCACAUCGGGUUACUUCACAUUCGUGAGAGGUAAUUUGGUGACAUGGAGAAGCAAGAAACAGAAUGUAGUAGCUUUAUCUAGUCCAGAAGCCGAGUUUAGAGGCAUGACUAAAGGGAUUUGUGAACUUCUUUGGUUAAGAAAGUUGCUUACUGAACUUGGGUAUAAACCUACAUCCACAAUGAAUCUCUUUAAUGACAACAAGGCUGCUAUAGCCAUUGCACAGAAUCCAAAGCUUGAGGCUAAAGUGUUUCAGUUUCCUUUUGUGAAAUCCGAGGAUCAAUUGGCGGAUAUUUUGACAAAGGCGAUUUCCAGUAAAGUAUUCCACAAUUCACUGGAUCAGUUGGGCAUUGGCGACAUCUAUGCACCAACUUUGGUGGGGUCACUACAAUGGGCUGAGGGAGGCCAUGAAGUAGAUGAAGAGAGUGAAGAAGAUGAUACGGAGUUCUUCGAUAGUGUAUAUGAGCAAGUCAUAGAUGCAGAAGAUGUGGAGGUUGAUGAUACAAUGGGAGUUGACGAUUAUAUCCCUCAUAAAAUUGGGAAUUUAACAGUUUUUUUAACAAAGAGACUAUUUAAGAGCACUCAUAUUAACGGUAGAGAUCAUGAGUGA